AUGUGCGGAGCAACUCAGAAGAUCCUCUUUCCCUGCGCCUUCAUUGUAGCACGUCUCAAUUUCAUUCCUGGCAAUUGCGAUGAAGGGAAGCCGUCGUGUAAAACCUGUCUCAGGCUCGGCCUUCACUGUGACGGCUAUGGGUAUACUGUGAGAUACAAAUUUACUGAGCCCAUAGUCCUGGAGCAACGAGCCGUGCCGUCCUUUGACACAAUCGAAUGGGCUCCCGUAGCCCUGCCAUGCAUCGACGCAUCCCCAUCCGAUAGCGCUUCUACACAGGGAGAAGAGAGCAUCUUCUUACUGGAGGAAGAUGGUAUACCAUGUUCGCAAUCACGAAAUUCGUCGAUAGGUCAACAAGACGCACUUUCCUGGGAUGGCAUGGCAGAAUUUCAGAAUCCUCAUCGAGGAUUAUCGCCCAAUAUUCCAAGCGGCCAUCUAGACGAUUUCUCCAAGGACCACGUUGUGAAUUCCCAUCAGGCUGAUCGAACCCUGACCAUUAACCAUGCUACAAUUAAUUUGACGAGUGAUCCGGAUACGGUGGAGCAAUUUUACUUUGCACAGUGGACUACUUGUGUCACCCCUAUUUUACCUCCAGUUUUUUCCGAACUCACCGUUUUCAUGCCCAGUUUCCUGCCUUUCAAGUAUGCGGUUCUUGCUGUAUCAGCGUCGCACCUUGCUCAUGUCGAGUCCUCUAUACUCUCCAGUAAUAACGGUGGUCGAGGCUCGAUGUAUAUUCCUGACCGUAACCAUAGAUGCAGAAGCCUCCAGUAUUACGGGAGAGGAAUUCGAGAGCUUGCACAAUACGUCGAUAGCUUUUCCAACAAAACCCUAUGUUACUUGGUCGCCACAUCUCUUCUUUUCCAUUACAUUGAGAUGGACUCUGGCUCACUGGCCGGAGCUGUCGAACAUAUCGAGUCCAUCAACCGGCUCCAUUGCUCCGCUCAAUCGCAAAGGGAACUUGGGUCCACAAGGCUAGGCCAGAAACUACUGUGUACCUGGCAAAGUCUACGAUCCUUGAGCAUAAACAAGCAGUUAACCGUUGGGUCUGGUCGAAUAAGGCCUCUGGUACCUAUAAUGUCCAAUAAUUUGGCAUCUCCAGCUAGCGAUGUCACUACAUCAUACGAUUCGAUUGCGCACCUACUUUGCGAAGCAUUUUCAACCACCAGAACUAUCAUCCUUGACUGGUUUGUAUGUCGUGGUCAUAGCUUAACCACAGCGGAUCGGAGGGAUUCUGCCUUUGGGGCCCUUCUCGAGCAGAUUUCCAUUGCAGAGAAAGGAAAUUGGCCCCAACGCCAACUUGCCAAAAUCGAUGAGUCUUAUUGGAAAACUAUCGAGAAGCAGCGUGCGAGCCUUGAUGAUUGGCACUCCGGCCUUGAUGUUUCAGAUCUUCCCGUCGAGUCUUUCACCUCCACCUCCAUCGAGACUGUCAGAGAAACGGACGCGGGGUUGCAAGUCGAACCUCUACGAUUCCAGACAUACAGGGCCGCUAUGAAUUAUGCAUACUACGCCGCUGCUCAAUUAUCGAGCUCUCGCAAGACAUUCGAGCAAAUGGCUGAGCUGGAGGAAUUGGCAUCCGGCUCUCGAUUUACGCGCGAGAAAUACCCGUGGGAAAGUUUACUCCUACGAAUCGCCUGUGGCCUCGAUAUGGACGACUGCCUGUAUAAACACACAUUCAAAAUCGGAAUCCUUUCCUUCUUGAUAAUAUGUGCCUCUUCGUGUCCGCAUAUUGCGGUAGCGAAGUGGACUAAUGCUUGGAUCAGAGAGCUGGAGGAUCAUGGCAUGGCGGUCGAAGAUGGAAUGCCCCUAGCCUUGAUUAAGCGUAUAAUGCGGCUCAUCACUACGAUGAAGCAAAACGGGCAUGAUAUCUAUCGGAUCUCCAUGGUCGACAGUGACAUUAAGGAGAAAUGGGAGUUCUAUCGGAGUGAUAAUAAUUUCAUGGUUGCAAUCUGCGCAAAGGAUAGACUGAGGGGGAAAUUGUAUAACGAUGUGGUCUACUUACCGAGUUAG